AUACUUAGUGAUAGAAAAGAGCAUCAGUAUAAAAGUGUUUUUGUUAAUAACUUUUAAAUGGUCGAAACCAGUACCCAAUGAUUGAUAAUCGAUUCCAGGACGAAAGAAAAUAUAUAUACAAUUCUUUACCUGAUUUGAACUCCAGUACACAUGUGUGGUACGUUAAUGCUCUACAAUCGACAAUUCUAUCGAAUGAGCCAAAUCUUAAUUUUAUCUCACAUAGAUAUAAAUUUCGGAAACGACUAGACUCGCUUGAUACAAAAAAGUUUAAAAUUCACAAGGGUAGUCUCAUCAAGGGCAUACCAGAACAAAAGUAUAUAGUUCUUCCGUAUAAAGAUAUCAAAAGUGCUAAAACAAGUGAGAAUACUAAAUUGAACACGUUUAUUGUAUUUAUAAACAUGAUACGUGUACGAACUGAGCUUUUGUUUGAAGUUACACAAAAAAAUUUGAUCAACGUGCUCUGAAUAUUCGAUCGCUUGGCAUCGUUUAAAUAUAUAAACACAUUCAUAUAUAAAUUGAUAAGUAACCUCCGUAUAAAACAUUCCACCGCAUAGUAUGGCCUCGGUCGCCGCUUGGCUGCCAUUUGCACGGGCGGCGGCCAUCGGUUGGGUUCCAAUUGCUACUCACCCACUACCGCCACCACCUAUACCAAAGGAUAGGCGUAAAACAGACGACGAAAAGCUAUUGAUCAAUGUUUCCGGCCGUCGCUUUGAAACAUGGCGAAAUACACUCGAAAAGUAUCCUGAUACAUUACUAGGUUCCAAUGAACGUGAAUUCUUCUACGAUGAAGAUUGUAAAGAGUAUUUCUUCGAUAGAGACCCAGACAUCUUUAGACAUAUUCUCAAUUAUUACCGCACAGGAAAACUCCAUUAUCCAAAACAUGAAUGUCUCACCAGCUAUGAUGAGGAGUUGGCAUUCUUUGGUAUAAUGCCUGAUGUAAUUGGCGACUGUUGUUAUGAAGAUUAUCGUGAUCGCAAGCGCGAGAAUGCCGAACGUUUAAUGGACGACAAACUAUCGGAAAAUGGCGAUCAGAAUCUACAACAAUUAACGAAUAUACGACAAAAAAUGUGGCGUGCAUUUGAGAAUCCACACACAUCCACUGCAGCUCUAGUAUUCUACUAUGUAACUGGAUUCUUUAUUGCCGUUUCAGUUAUGGCGAAUGUAGUAGAAACAGUUCCGUGUGGCCAUAGGCCAGGGCGAGCCGGCACACUGCCAUGUGGAGAGCGUUAUAAAAUAGUAUUUUUUUGCCUAGACACCGCCUGCGUUAUGAUAUUUACCGCCGAGUAUUUGUUACGUCUGUUUGCUGCACCUGAUCGCUGCAAGUUUGUGCGCAGCGUUAUGAGUAUUAUUGAUGUUGUUGCCAUACUACCAUACUACAUUGGAUUAGGCAUCACCGAUAACGAUGAUGUAAGCGGUGCUUUUGUGACGUUACGCGUCUUCCGGGUUUUUCGAAUUUUCAAAUUCUCACGACAUUCACAAGGAUUACGAAUUCUUGGUUACACAUUAAAAUCGUGUGCUUCCGAAUUGGGGUUUCUAGUAUUUUCGCUGGCAAUGGCUAUUAUAAUAUUUGCUACUGUUAUGUUUUAUGCUGAGAAGAACGUUAAUGGUACGAAUUUCACAUCCAUUCCGGCCGCUUUCUGGUACACUAUAGUAACAAUGACAACUCUUGGGUAAGUAGUAUAUACAAGGUGAUAAAAAAUAAGUGAAUACAAAAGCUUUCAUUCAAGAACUCAUUAUUAAACAAU